CAUGACGCAAGUAUAUCGGGGCUUGAAGUCUGACGGUAUACAUAGGUCAAGCUUGCACUUGAAUUUAGGUACUCAUACCACUCAAACAACCACAACUUCCUCAGAUUAACCAGUUGAUUCACUCCAAAUCUUAACAACUACAACAAAAAAGAACUAUACCUAACAACAACAUGUCGGCUUCACACGGACAGAAGGUAACCACAGACCCCGCGUCUAAGAUCCCCAUCCACGAGGGUGUCGGCACCGUCACAUCAGACUCUCUAGCAGGCGAGUCCCUGAAGGGCGACGGUUCCUUCGGCGAGGGCAACCCCAAGGCCGCAGCAAGCAAGCAGCCAUCAUCCUCAACCACCACAAACACCCACGACACAUCAAACGCCACAAAGCUCGAUGCCGCCGUCAACGCCGAGGCACGCGACGCGCAAGAAGGAUGGAAUGAGGAGAAGAUCAUGAACUCAGGCAAGGGUCUGGGUAAGGAGGCCGGUGUUGGUCCUACAUACGCAGUUACUGGUGGCUCCUCUGGAGGUGCUUCAUCAGGAGGCGCUGCCAGCGCUGGCACAGCACCUACCGCUGUUGCUGGAACAAACAUCGAUCCCAGCGUUCUCCAGCCCAAGGGCGCCAACUUGACAGAGGAUCCUAACAUGAGCGGCAACACCAAGUUUGGUGAGAUCGGUACAAAGGACGAUCCUUCCAGGCAGGCGGAGCUCAAGUUCGCAAAGGCAGAUGCGGCGAGCGCAGCGGUUGAGAACAGAGACAUGGCUCAGGGCGGCGACAGCAAAUUCAGCAACCUUUCGGAUACCAACGCUUGAAGUGUUGAUGAUGCAUGGCGAUAUACAUAUAUCAUAGAGUAGCGAGCCUAAUGAAUGAAAAUAAUGAUCUGCAAACUGUUGUCA